AUGAAGCAUCGCUGGGUGAUGGGGUCGGCGGACAUUUGUUUUCACAAGUUCCUCGACGAGCCCUGGAAGACAAAGUUUUUGACGUGGUUCUUCACCGCCGGGAAAACGCUCCCAGUGACGCAUGGAACGGGCGUCUAUCAAGAUGCGAUUGAUUUCGCCAUUGAGCGGUUGAGGAGAGACGAGUGGGUUCACAUCUAUCCAGAAGGCCAGGUCAAUAAGCAUCACGAGUGGCUGCGAUUUUACAUGGGCAUCGGGCGAAUGGUGAUUGAGAACUACCCCAAAGUGCCAACGCUCCUGCCAAUGGCGCAUAUUGGCAUGGACAAAGUAUAUCCUCCUUGGGGUCCGAAUCGAUACAAAUGGUCGACUGACAACCCAAUCACGAUCAUUGUCGGCGAGCCAUUAGAUUUAACCGCCUUCGUAGAAGAGCUUAAGCAAAAAUACGCGGACGAACUGGAUCAAAUAAUUGCGGUCACGGAUCAUCUCCAAGAAAUUAUUUACAAAAUGCGACUUGAAGUAGAGAAAGUUCAUUUGGAUCGACUGAAGGAACUUCGGCCUGAUCAAGUCGACGAGUUCUUAUCAACUCUUGUCCCGUACGAGCCUCCCAAAGCCAGAGUCUUCAAAUAUUUACCUACAGUACUGUAG